AGAAAGAAAUAAUGCCAAAACUUUGUUUCUAGUGAAGAUAUACUUUGUUUUUUUGAUUUCAAUUUCCAAAUUUCGAUCAUUCAAGCCAAUAAUAAACAUUGCAGAAGAAUCUUUAUUAAUGGCACCCACUCGAUAAAGAAGUUUCUAUUUUCCUUCGGUUGAACCCUAACGAGUAAUCAAUCACUCUUCAAUUUGGGAAUUUUUUAGGGCUACGGUGUUGGAAUUCACUCGUCCUGUGCGCAAGCUCUAUAUUUAGGGUUUCGUAUGAUUGUAAGGAAAGAUAUGAGCUGGCGAAGAGUAGCAAACUCCUUACAGGCUUUUUCUGCUCAUACUGCACUCUUUUGCUUCACGCUUUUGCUCGUUCUUAAACUCGAUCAUCUUGUAUCCUACUCCUGGUGGGUCAUUUUCUUCCCGCUUUUUCUAUUUCAUGCUGUCGUUGCCAGAGGAAGAUUCUCAUUACCUGCACCAUCAGUUCCCCACGGCCGUGAUUGGGCACCAUGCCAUGCAGUUGUUGCCACACCUUUGCUUAUUGCAUUUGAACUGCUUCUUUGCAUCUAUCUUGAAAAUAGCCAUGUUACUAAGCCUCCACCUGUAAGCCUGCAGAUUGUCUUCCUUCCUCUUUUGGCAUUUGAAGUAACCAUUCUUGUUGACAAUUUCAGAAUGUGCAAGGCCUUAUUACCUGGAGAUGAUGAAAGUGUGAGCGAUGAUGCAAUAUGGGAGACACUUCCUCAUUUCUGGGUUGCUAUAUCCAUGGUUUUCUUCAUUGCUGCCACUGUAUUCACCCUCCUGAAGUUAUGUGGUUUUGUAGAUGCAUUAGGCUGGUGGGACCUGCUCAUAAAUUUCGGAAUUGCAGAAUGCUUUUCCUUUCUUGUUUGUACAAAAUGGUCAAAUCCAGUGAUUCAUAGAAACAUGCAUGCAUCUGAAGCCAGCUCAUCAUCGAAUGCUAUUAGAUAUCUUGAUUGGAAUAGUGGGUUAGUGGUUUCUUCAGAGGAUACCUCUGAAGACAGCAUGUGUAGUCUACAAGAUGUUGGUGGACACAUCAUGAAAAUUCCAAUAAUUGCUUUCCAAAUCCUCCUUUGUAUGCAUUUGGAGGGAAAACCUGCUGCUGCUAGAUCUUUGUCUCUUCCUGUGAUCUUCUCUCCUCUAUUUUUAUUACAAGGAGUAGGAGUCCUACUUUCUGGAUCAAGGUUAGGGGAGAAAAUCGUCAUUUUACUACGCCAAGGAAGUGGGACUGGAACAUAUUUUACAUAUUCUGCCCGUGCCCGUGACUGCUUUGGCUUUUUGCACCGUGGAUCCAGGCUGCUUGGUUGGUGGUCUAUAGAUGAAGGAAGCCGAGAAGAACAGGCACGGCUUUACCAUGAUGGAGCUUCAGGUUACAACACUUUUUGUGGUUAUCCACCUGAAAUAGUUAAAAAAAUGCCAAAGAAGGAUCUUGCUGAGGAGGUUUGGAGACUUCAAGCAGCUCUGGGUGAGCAAACAGAAAUCACAAAAUUUAGCCAACAGGAAUAUGAAAGACUUCAAAAUGAAAAAGUGCUAUGUCGGGUUUGCUUUGAAGGAGAAAUAAGCACGGUACUCCUCCCCUGUAGGCAUCGCAUCCUUUGCAGUACGUGUUGUGAAAAGUGCAAGAAAUGUCCGAUAUGUCGUGUGAGUAUCGAGGAGCGGCUACCUGUAUAUGAUGUAUAGUUUUUUAUUUUAAGUCAAAGCUCGGAGUUGACUGGACCCAUGAAGCCGUGCAGUAAUUAGUCACAUCACGCAAUGGAUUGUCUGGUUGGAGCUUCAGCUUUGCAUUUUACAGACAUACAAAAACAAAAAUUGUGCUUUCUUCAUAUAAUAACUUAUCAUAUACUUUUUGGUUUGUUUUUUUUUUUUUUUUUUUUGGUGGGUAGAAUGUAAAUAUGUGAAGAGGGUAUUUACAUCUAACAGCUCAAUUUCAGAAGUCUGUCAAAGGUGUAUGUGGAUUUGGAUUGCAACUUAAUUUAGUGUUCUGCUCAAUUUCA